AUGGCCGCCGUUCAACUCAAGUUCUCCCUGCGCACCUCGUCCAACGUCAAGACCGUUCACCUGGUCGGCUCUUGGGACAACUACUCGCGCCAGCUCCCCCUGUCUGCCGAGGACAAGCCCGGUGCCUGGUUGGGCAAGUUCCGCUUCCAGACCUCCAUGCUGCAGCUGGGGGGCCGCUACUGGUACUACUACAUCAUGGACGGAUAUCACGUCUCGCACGACCCCGCCGUUGAAUACACCGUCGAGCCGACCACCGGCCGCAAGCUCAACAUUCUCGACGUUCCCGGUGGCAAGUCCAGCAGCCGUCGCGAGGCCCCGAAGGCCCGCCGUGGAUCGACCAGCAUCGCCACGGGCCGCUCUCUCUCGCCCUCCAAGAUCCACCACCCCAAGCCCUCCAAGCCCUACGCUUCGCGCCAACUCCGCGAGGCCGAGUUCGCUCCUACCGUCGACGACCUCACCCGUCGCUUCGCGGGCUCCCGUCUGUCCGAUGAGUACUCUUACUCCAACAGUCCGCCCAGCUCUGCCGGUUCAUCGCUGUCGUCCCGCUCGUCGGGCUCGACCUCGCCUUCCUCGCUGUCCUCCAUGAGCGAUCCCCCUCUGCAAUGCCGCUGCGAGCGCUACGGCAUUACCCGCAAAGGAGACCGCGUCAAGCUCGACUGUGGUGGCAGCCGCUGCGGCUACCUCAGUGAAACCUCCGAGGCCAGCUGCUCCGAAUCCGAGGACAGCGACGAGGAGUACCGCCGUGUACGCAGUGCGGUCCGUCGCCAGGGCAUCGUCGUCCGCCGCUAA